UUGCCAUACAUUUGGUCCGUUAUUGACGUAGCUUGAUUAAAUUAUCUAGGUUCACAACAAGCAGAACAGAGGAUUGUCAUGGAACAGAGCUAUGGAUGAAGUUCGCGUUGAAAGACUGAUUCAGACGUACAAGAAUAGUGGAGAAAUGGACAGUGAGGACCCAGCACUUGUGAUUUUAAAACAGUGGCCAGGAUCGAAAAAGUACAUAGAUAGUCCCGAAAAACUUCCAGGACUUGAACAAAUGAUAAAUCGAUUCUUGGAUAUUCUUUUGGGAAGUGAGCUAAGCCUAGGAAAUAGAUACAAGGCGUUCCGAGACGAAGAUGACAAAUCAAGGAAAACAUUACUACAUUAUGCUACAGAACUUGGCUUUCUACAUGUCUCCAAAACGCUCGUAAGGAAAUGUCCUUUGCUGCUUACCAUGACGACAGAAGCUCAAGUUAUACCUGAGAAAAAGAGAGCCAUGUUACCCCUGGAAUUGGCUCUAGUGGCAGAGAAAGACGAUGUGGCAGAGUUUUUGAUUAGAGUUAUGUGGCAUGAAAGAGUCCUAAGCUUAUUUACUUGGAAACCAGAUGAUAUGACAAGUCCUGAGCCAUCCUUCUUCAGUUUCAAGGCAAUUAUUGAGAAUCCUAAAAUGAAGAAAACAGUAGUAGCUGUAUUAGACCAGAUGAUGAAUCCUCAUUGGCCAUAUCUUCCAAAACGCCAAGAAAACUAUGAAACUGAAAUGGAGAGGGAAGCAAUUGAAGGAGUCUGGAAUACAGUUUCAGAUGAUCCAUUAAACUAUCAUUUUUACUAUCAUAUAUUGGAUGGAGAUGAGGGAGGACGACCCCCACAGAUUAUGACUUCAGAUGGACACCAGCAGAUGGAAAACAAGUAUUUUAACUGGAAAGACAAGUCUUGUUUACAUGCCAUAGCAAAGAGCAACAACAAAGAAGCUUUGCAGCAUCCUGUGGUUAGAAUGUUGAUUAAAACAAAAUGGAAAAGUUAUGGACACUUGUUUCUCAGCCUUCAAGUAGCAUUGUAUUGCAUCUUCUUGCUGUUCAUGUCAUAUUCUCUGCUGCAUGCCUCUGCCAAACUGGACCCAACCCGUUACAGUGGUGCACUGGACUCACUGCGUGGCGUUUGUGAGGUUGUCACUCUACUUAUGGUUGUGUUGUACAUCUGUGAGGAAAUAAAUCAGAUAAGAAUAGAAGGGAAUUCUUAUUUCACAGAUUGGAUGACCCUUUUCGACUGGUUAGGCUUGCUGUCGAUCCUGUGUAUAAUACCCUUACGGUACAUGGAUUAUAAAGCACAAUGGAUGGUGACAUCUUUGGCCUUCUUGUUCAACUUCCUGAGAAUAUUUAAAUUUUCAUGUGUGUCGAGGACUACAGGAUUAUACACACAAACCUUGGCUAAGAUCAUUUUACAUGACGUCACAAGAUCCAUGGCAGUUUUUAUUGUGAUCUUUUUCUCCUUCUGUGGUGCCCUGACUUUAUCACUUUGUUACUCCGGAUACAAUGAAAACCAAGAACUUCGUGGUCUUGGAGACGUUUUGUUGAGCGGACUUCGUGCACUUUCCGAGCAAUAUCCAAUGGCGGAGAAUUACUCAACUUUCAAUUGGCUGUCGGUUCUUUUGAUGAUGGCGUACGUGGGAACAGUGACAGUGAUUCUGCUCAACAUUCUCGUUGCACAAAUGAUUACGACCUACUCACAGGCCAAGAAAGUCGCUCGUCUGGAAUAUGAUGUGGAUCGAAUUUUACAACUCACACGCAUGGAGAGAUUUCCUUUUCUGAAUUUACGUGUGAAGUAUUACAAGGAAGGCGACUGGAUCAGUGAAAUGAAACUCGCUAAAGAACUGCUUGAAUUCAGUGAAGAUCGCAAUCCCUGGGAGUCAGUGGAAGAGAAACUUUAUGACAUCAGGGAUCUGAUGAGAAAAAUGGUCAAACAGAUGAGGCCUGGACAAGAAUAA